AUGAGCGAUAAGUAUCUACGGGAUGAUAAGCAGCAGUUUAUCAACGGUAUUGGCACAGAACUGGCAUGGGGGUGGUCCCCCGCUAUUGACUUCACAGAAAUUUUAGAGCAGCGGAAAUGUUCUGCACAUUCCAAAGAGAAAAAAGAUACAGAUAAGCAAUCCACAACUAGUGCAGAUAAGGCAGAGAAGGGCGGUAGUAAUAGUGAUGAAGGUGAUAAUAAUAAUAAUAAUAAGGAUGAUCCAAUUGAUGCGAUGAUUGCAGCCAUACAACGAAAGAUCCAAGUUGCCAAUGGGGAUACAGAUGGAGAUAAUACAAAUGUAGUUCGUAUUCUCCUUUGUGGGGCUUGUGAUAUACGCCAUGUAUUCCGUACACUAGCGAGUUUACGUGUAAAGUCAUCAACAUCUACUAAUAAUACUACAACGUCUUCUGAGAAGAAAUCUUGUAGGUAUCAUUUUUAUAUUUAUGAGCCUAACCUUCGUGUACAUUGUCGUCAUUUAUUUUUUCUACAAUGGUUGUUGGAUAGUUUGUUUUCUCUAGAUGAAUUAGAAGAACGUGUGUUAAUGUUUUUAGAUGCAUUUGGUAAUUCUAUGACUCGAGAUACUACAGCUGCUCAUAUUAGAAAUGUUUCUCAACGUCUUUUGCGAGUACUUCGAAAUGAAGAAGGGGAACUUGCCUCGCUUCUCUCUUUUACAGAAAUGAAAUCGAAAGAACGUGAAUUUGUAGAAGAACAAUUUGUACAUUGGACACGUGAUGUAUCUCAGGCAAAAGUAGAAGAAACAAGAUCUAAACGAUUACAACAAGAGAUGGCAGAACGUUAUGAUAAUCGUGAUAAUAUUAUUGAUUGGGAUUUUAAUUUUCACUUGCUUGAUUAUACCAAUCUUAUUAAAUUUCCAGAGUAUCGUACAUGGCGUAAUACCGGUAUAGCUUUUGAUACCACACUUAUAAAUCCUCGUCGUGGAUUUACAUACACUUAUUCUAUUCCAAAUAAAACAUUAUGCCAUUUUAACAGAAAAGGUGUUGGAAGUUUUCUUGGUGAUAUUAAGAAUGGACCUUUCUUUGCAUUUGGUGCACAAACAGCGAAUACACAUAUUCGUGCUCGAGCUGUAGAUGGUACAUGUAAGUAUGGAAAUGGUGUGGUAUCUAUGCAUAAUGUGCGAGCCUGGCUGUAUGGAUUGUUAACUGGACAACUAUGGCCGUGGGGAGAUCACGCCUUUGCGUGGGAUGAUGCUGCCAAUUACAAUUAUCUCCCACCAGGAACUCAUCGGGAUAUCACACAUCAGGCAACUUUUCCAGAUGUUCGUUUUCACUUUAUUGGAUUAGACUUUUCUCGCUUUCUGCAGCGUAUGCGAGAUAAGAAGGAUCGAACUUUUGAUCUUGCCUUUGUGGGAACCAGUUGUACACAAUUUAUGACCCCCGAUUUCUUUGAUAUUGCGAUGGCCGAAGAUGCCGUUGUGAUUGCAGAAACGGCGAAAUUUGUGGUGGAUGCCCGCGAUGAGGCGAAGAAGGCGUUUCUGCAGAAAAUAUUGGAAUUGGCGAAUGCCGCCCAGUGGGAAGAGAAUGAAGGAUUAACGGCAAUAUUACAUAAAGAUCAACCAGAGGCACCAAAGGUAGAUGUCACUUCUUCACAGCAUAAGGCACAUAAAAUAUCACUAGAUCGAUAUAAAAUGCCCUAUCAAUUGGCUUUGACAAAAAGACAAAAAGAAAAAGAUGUAAACUGA